ACAAACAUGGAGAAUUUAAAAGAUUUGGAAAUGACAAGCGAAGAAAUUUCGCGUUUUAAAGAUGCUUUUAAACAUAAAGAGUUUCUGGAUAUGUUUUCUGAAUAUGCAAAAGAAAUUGCCGACCCAGAGAAUCGGAGGAAACGAGAAGAAGAAAUUGCAUUAAUGGAGAAAGAGCGCGGGAUUGAUACAAAGUUCAUCACUCCCGAUCCCUCUUAUGUGCUUCAAACCAACGCGGCAAAUGGGCGGGCAAUUUAUAUAAAUAUUUGUAGAAGUGAACACGUUGAAAAAUCGGCGUGUAAGAGCUCAGUCAAAGGUGCGACUAAAGGAUUGUCGUGGAGUAUACCGUAUGCUUCGUCACCGCAGGCAAAAGAUGAUUAUGACGACGAUGGAAAAUUAUGUACAAUUAUUGAUGUUAUCUUCAACCAUAACACACUUGAGCUCGCUGAAAGAAGUGAUCGUUUUAAAGAACUGGUUGAAGGCACUGCAUUUGAUGCUGUUAAGAAAGUUUGUGGUGAAAGUAUAGUUCACAACAAAAACGUUAGAAGGCCUACCUGCAGUUAUAAAGGUGCCCGUACAUCCGUUGUCAUCAGGAACCCCACAGAAAGCCAAAAACUUGGGACAACACAAGAAGUGGAAGUUAAAGAUGAUCCAAUUGGAUUUCCUAAUCCAUACGCUUUGUCAGAACAAAAUGGUGGAUCUGCUAAAGAAACCCUAGAUAAAAGCUGUGCAGAUAAAGAUAUGACUUCUCCAUCUAUGAGUGAUACUAAAUAUGCAACCCCAAAAUAUAAUAUUAUACAUAGAUGCUCAGUUGAUUUACAAGAUUUUGUUGGACAAAAUGAUGCCACCCAUAAAACGCAACCCAACGAACUUGUUGUGGCUGUCUAUUUACCUUUGCUGAACUCAGCUAGCACACUUGAGCUUGAUGUUUUUCCUAAAUCACUUUCUCUUCAAUGCGACACACCAGCAAAAUACAAGUUGACUGUGAAUCUGCCGUAUACUGUCCUAGAAGAUGAAGGCACAGCAAAGUUUGAUGUGGCAGAACAUAAAUUAGUUGUCAUAUUGCCUGUGAGACAAGUUUCUGAAUUGAUAUCUCCAGUAACUGCAGGCACAGAGGGACUAGGAGAUCACAACCCUGACCACGAUUUUCAGACGAAGACACCAUUUCCUAAUUCCGACGCAGAUGUUAACACUAUAACUACAACAGGAGAACUUGUGGGUAGGGGCGAGACCAUGACCGUUCCUAACGUACCUGAUGACGAAAUUGAACGUAUACCAACGUCAAGAAAUCUUGCUGAUCAAAGUGAGCGUGUAGCAACGGCUAACCAACUUGAUAGGGAAAGCAGUGCAAUAUCUGAUCAAGCUACAGAGGAAAGACAAAGCGAACUUGAACACGCUGUGCGAACACCAGCAAAGAUUAUCACAGGUCAGGUAUUUCGCUCGCUGCCUGCGUAUCGGUGUCAACAGACCGUGUCGUCGAUUGUCAUCAUCGCAGAUGUCAAGAAUGUAGAACCUUGCUCCGUUGUACUGGAGAUUAAAGGAGACAAGGCGAACAUCACAUUCAAAUCUGUUGGCUCUGGAUUUGUCCCUUUCCACUACAUCCUCACCCUGAAAUGUAUGGAGGGAGAUUGCUUUUCGAGGACCGGAUCCAGUAGUGAUGUGUCUAGUGGAAAUGUGGUGUGUGUUUUGCAAAAAGCUGCUGCAUGCCAAGGCUUGUGGUCGAAACUUCUGAUUGGAAAGAAGGAAGAGUUGGAGGUUGUCGAAUUAGUUACCGAAGAGUCGCUCCACAGCAGGAUGGGGAAGCUGAUACGGCUGAGGCAGAGCUCGGGCGAGACCUCCCCGUGCAUCGAUAGCGUAUCGUCAGGUCACGGCUGUAGCCUGGCUCAGGAGCCUAAUAAUUCCAGCACGACAGACGAGGAGGGAUAUGACAAAAGUAGCGAUGACACAGCGAGCCAAGAAGGUGAGGAAGACGGCUGGACAGUCGUUAAGAAAGGAAAUAAGCGAAACCAGUCGCAAAUACCCGACAGCGGAUCGGUCGUCGUCGUCGUCGAUUCGAACAGCGACGUCAUCACCGUCGUCAACAACGCGCACAACGCCGAGGAAGCGAUCAAAUCCGAACUCGAGACCGUCUACGACGACACGCGCGCGCAGACCGCCGCCGCCGCCGCGACGACGGCGCGAAAGCAGGGUCGGCGGCGGCACAGCAGCGACAGCGACCUGUUGGUGCGGCGCGAGGACGCGGCUCGCUCGCUGUCCGACACCGAGUCGCUGAGUCUCGAGGUCGUGUGCAGCCGCGGCGCGACCCUUCGCGGCAUCCUCAAGAAACGCGGCGGCGGCGGCAGCGUCUGCCGCAGCGUGUCCGAGUGCAGCGUCGACUCGGCGACGACCACCGAGGAGUACAGCUGCAACGACGAGGGAGACCUCGACGACAUCGUGGAGACCGAGGAAGUCAGCGGCGGCAGCGGCGGCAGCGGCGGCAGCGGCAGCGGCGGCACGCGGGUGAAGAAGAGCGUGACGUUCAGCGAGAAGGUGUCGCGAGCGACGUUCAAGUCAACGGCUCUCAUCGGCGUUCUGCGGACUCGCAAGCGCAAGCCGAAGAAGAAGGAGAAGAAGGCGAGGCGAUCGGAGAGCGGGGGCGACUUGAGUAGCAGCAGCGAGGCGGACGGCCUGGAGAAGCAGGGUUCGGUGGACUCGCAGGAAGACGUGUGGGAGGAGACUUCCGAGCUGCCUCCCGCUGCGUCCGUCGCAUCGGAGGCGCGUUCGGAGGUGCUCUCGGAAGUUUAUCUCAACCAGCUAAGACAGGAGGAAGAUGUUUCGCAGUGCGAGCGUGCUGCGGGUGAGAAUGGAGCCGACGAGCUUCAGUGCGGCGUGAAGGCGGCAAGUUCGUUCGACUCUGCGGAAAACGACGGUGACACGGACCCGUGGGACGAAAUAACUCACGACCGCCGUGAAAACGGUAGUAAAAAGAGUAAAAAGAAAAACAAGAAGCGUAAGAAAGGCAAACGUGAGGCGGUGGCUGAGAAGGUCGACGGUGUCAGUAAAGAUGUGCCGACUGCGCUGAGUUGGAAUGGCGACGGUGUGAAUGGCGGUGACACGUGCGGAAAUCAGAGGACCAAGUCUGCUGUGACGCUCCGCAACAAACUGGUUUAUGCUCUUGACAACUAGUUUCGUAUGACAACCAAUAUGCGUACAUUCGUGUAAGACGCCAGCCGUGUAAACUAUCCUUCAUUGAUUCCUUGGUUGCUGUAACCUCAGCUGUGCAAAAUUUAUCAACUUUUAAUAUUGCAUUCUUAUGUAUUUGGUGCGUGGAUAGGUAUACCGUGUGAAGCGAAUAAGGAAGUAUUUUGCUCACCUACCUACCUACCCCUACGAUGCUGUGCCGGGGCUACUUCAAACAGAAAUCAUUCAUGGGUGGACACCGGCAUGUAAGCAUAGUUGCAAACAAGUUUUCAUGGCUCAGAGUUUUUCAGAUGCAUGCCCUAUUAUGAAAGUUGCACAUCUGUAGGUUGUAGUUACAUACGCACACUUAUUGGGUGGAGUAAUGGUGCAAAAUAAGUCCAUCCACAGACAAGUAUAUUUUACUGAUACUAAUGUUAACAGAAAUGCCUUCCUUUACCAAGACGUAUUUUUCUGAAACUUGAUGGCGUAGGUGGAGUGGUCGAGCAUGGGCGAAAAAUGUUAUAUAAAAAAAUAUCCGAGUAUAGGCCAUAUAUAUAUGUAAACGGUGCCAGCGGACUUACCUAACAUGACAGCUCUAUCUAAAAGCAGAAUUUCUAAUGAUUAAAUAUAUGCAGCUAGUUAUACGAUUUGUUUACAUGACGUGUCUAGCAGUGUCUUCAGAAAAUCUGUGCGAUUUUAGAGGAAUGCAGUUCUGCAACGAAAAUGUAAUGAAAUUAAAAAAAUAACUGGAUUUAAAAUAUUUUACUGUAAAAAACAUUUCAGUUAUUAAUUGAAAUACAAAACUGCUAUAUAAACAGGGGGUUUGUGCAUAUUGUACCUUCCACAUUCAUACGUUAUGUAUAUUGAGACUGUCUGAUUUAAUAUACUAAAUGUGUGUAGACAUCACACAAUUAGCACAGGCAUCACUUUUAUCCAGAAUUGUUGGGAUAUUUGUAGCCACUGAUUAAUUUUAAUAUUUCUGUACUAGUGGCGUUACGGACAAAAAUGUUAAUCUAGUCGGACAGUCUGGGUUUUGUACAAAAACAAACAAACAUGAAACUAAUUUUCAGGUGGACGAUAUUAAUGACCUGCACAGCUAUACUAGUAUAUUUUUUGUGUAAGGUGAAUGUACAUAGCGACUUUUUUUUAUGAGACAUCACCUGGAUUCAAUUGCACAAGGCCUCUCUCAAGGACUCGUAUUAAAUUUUUGAUGGGAUUUAUAUUUUGACCACAGAAUAGUGUAACAACAAACAGGUUUAUUCUGGCGUUAUUAGUAAACUAUUAUACAGUUGUGACCACGUGGCUAGUCAUAGACAUAUGUUAGGAAGUUCAAAUAUUGUUUUUACCUGUUACUCAACAGUGAAGAUUGAAAACGUACCCAGAUAGAUCUAUUACGGUAGUCUACCAACCGAGUGAACUUAUUUAAAAUGAAUUGUUUUUGACCGUUAGGUUUUAUUCACGGUUUAUUUUUGGAUUGCUCAACUUGUGACAGCAUUCCUUUAUAUAGUCGUUUUAGAAUUAUCAGGCUAAUGCAGAAGAUAAGCAGAAAAGUGAGGCUCGGGGUAAAUGGCUCAAAGCUAAAUGCACAUUGUUCACAAUGAAGUAAUAUGCCCUCCAUAACAUAGAAAAAGUUGUGGAUAGAAUGCCAAUUGUAUUUUUUUGAUUUGUGUUAAUGCAUUUUCUAAAUAAAAACAUAGUAGUAUUAUUACAAAAAAA